AUGGAUCCAGUUACAUCACAUGGUCUUUCUCUUCCUCCUCCAUUUCAUAUGAGAGAUUUCAAUCUUCACAAUCAGCAGCAGCAACAGCAAGAACAUCAGUUCCAUCACCAAAAUUCAGAAGAUGAACAAAGUGGCAGCAGCAGUGGCCUAAAGAAACGGGAUCGCGAAGAUGGCAACAAAAUCAACAGCGGCAGCGCCAAUAAUGAAGGCAUAGAGCUUGGUACUCCUGGUUCUGGCGAAGGAGAGAUCAAUAGAAGACCACGAGGCAGGCCUGCCGGAUCCAAGAACAAGCCUAGGCCACCAAUCAUCAUCACCCGGGACAGUGCCAACGCUUUACGAACUCAUGUCAUGGAAAUAGGAGAUGGAUGUGACAUUGUUGAAAGCGUUGCAACAUUUGCUAGAAGACGCCAGAGAGGUGUUUGCAUAAUGAGUGGAACUGGGACCGUCACAAAUGUAACUCUUAGGCAACCAGCCUCUGCUGGUGCAAUUGUGACCUUACAUGGCCGAUUUGAGAUAUUAUCAUUGGCAGGAUCAUUCUUGCCUCCACCGGCACCGCCUGCAGCUACGGGGUUAACCAUAUAUUUGGCUGGUGGACAAGGCCAGGUGGUAGGUGGCAGCGUUGUUGGCACACUUACUUGUUCAGGCCCAGUUGUGAUUAUGGCAGCUUCUUUUAGUAACGCCGCAUAUGAGAGGCUUCCAUUGGAAGAAGAAGAGCCGCAGCUUCCAAUGCAAGGGGGUGCAAUUGGAUCACCGGAUGCAGUUGGAGGGCAACAGCAGCAGCAGCAACAGCAGCAACAACAACUAUUAGCUGAGUCAAAUGCUUCUCUUUUUCAUGGACUACCACCUAAUCUUCUCAAUUCUAUUCAAUUACCAACUGAGGCAUUCUGGGCUACUGGUCGCCCCCCAUUCUAGCUAACAGUUUCCAGUACUGAAUGUUAUAGUAUUGCUUAGUUAAUUCAGUUUCUGCGUCAGCUAUAGCAAGAGGACAAAACUUAAUUCGUAGCUAGGAAAUUUGGGUUUGUUGAGCAGCAUUUCAGGUUUUAUUUCCUUUUAUUGUUAGUUUUUGUUCUCCUUCCCUUUUUAAUUGAAUUUGAUGAGUAGAUCAUAUGCCAGCAUGUUGAUUGAAUGACUGUAAAUUCAUGGAUUCUCGGUACAUUUGAUUUUAUGAGAA